GAUAGAGAAGUGAAAUUUAAACUCGGACAAACCACAAACACACAAGAGAAACAAAAAUAUCGAACUAUUGUUAUGGACACUACCUUUUAAUCGCCUCUCUGAAAAAUGAGUAACCUGCUGUUGAAACUUACUGAGCUGGACGGCCUGCAGAGAGACAAAGAAGUUGAAAAUGUCAUCAACAAUCUUACCGACGAGAAGGUAUUGUCAGUAUUAAAGAGUCGUCUUGUAGACAGCAUAGCGCCAAGAUGUAUUGGCAUUAUCCUGAACGCAUACAGCAGAACCAACCAGGAGAAGAAAAAGCUAGCUCUGAUCAGAGCGAUCCUGGAAGAGAUACCUUUGCAGGCUGCCCUAAGCGCGAUGCAAGUGCGAGACUUAACUAACGCCAUCCUGAGCGACCUGGAAAGCCUGCAGUCGGGCUCGCUUGUCAGACUGGUUGACUUCUGCAUCAAUAUGAUGAAAGAGAAGGAGCGCAGUAAAGAAUGUUGGAAAGAAAUUCUACCACGGCUGCUGUUGCUGCUGAAGGAGAAACCUGUUGUAAACCAUUGCGGUACAGACAUGUCUGGCCUUGAAUAUCGCAGCCAGGUUCUUAAGGCGCUGUGCAACGCUGAGUGGAAGCCUGAAAACAUCACCAUGAUUGCUGCCAUGUUCAGAGAAGUACCGCUAGCUGGGGAAGAGUUGAAACAGGUCGUGCUGAAGCUGUUGGAUGGCUUGGAUGAAUUAGAGGCGGCCGAAGUUCCACCCUUUGUCUAUCAGAUGCUGCGGCUGUGCGGUCACCAGCAUUUUUUGCUGGUCCUUAUGCACAUACAGAAGUACUUUGAUCGAGGCAGCUCAACCGAGUCGGACUUUGACUCUAUUGAAGCUGUUGAAAGCAAUGGGAGAGCAUUGUCCGCUGACAUGCGGCAGUCUGAAAGCACUGUUUUAUUCCACGUACAGAAAUGCGUGGCGCAGGACCCACAGUGCGGCAGAAACCUUUCAAAUUCGCUGCAAAACUUGGUCUGCACGCCAGAAAUCCUAUUUGGAAACUCCUUUUUACUCUCAGCUGUGCUGAUGAUCUGUGAUGUUGCCACGGUCAGGGAAAAGUUUUUACCAAUUCUUGUGAAUAGUUUCGCUAGGAGCGUGAUGGACCAGGAUAUUCUGAACAGACUCUCUUGGACCAAUAUAAUUCUUGCGCCACAAAACAAACUGGAAACUUGCCUGAAGAGUCUAAUAGAAAAGACAGACAUUCAACGAGGAGUCGUACUAGAGCAGCUGGUCAAAUUCUGCUUUGAAGUUCUACUGAAUAGGAGGUCAGGCCGUUCAGCGGAAACUAUCCUCACCACAGCCUCCAACACACUUCUUUACAUUGCCAAGAAACAGCCAGACUCUGUUUCUGUUAUUCUUGAACUCUUGGUCAUUAACAUCACAGGUGGAAAAUUUGAGCCCCACUUGUUACGCUGUUUGAAGCGGCUGAUCGGGAUGACGCAGGCUAAGCUGCUGGUGAAGACAGAGUUCCUGUCGAUGCGGAUGGUGGAGCACCUUGUCAAUAUGCAACCAGCUGCGGCAGAGCAAAGCGUGGUGGCGCUGAUUCCGCUGCUCUCGCGCUCUGAGGGGUUGUGCAACAACCUAGUGGUCAACUUGCGUAAGGCCAUCAACAGGCCUCUGGUGGAAACCAAACUGAUGGCCGUCCAUGGCCUCCUCACUCUUGUACAAAGGCUCAAGGUCAAGAAGUUCCUUGCCAACUCACAGGCCACUCAGUUCUCAUCCAAUAAUAGCGUAUCAAGUCAGGUGAGCGCUGAAGUUACUUAUCAUGGCAUUCCACACACCAAGGACAUGACUGCGAUGAACAUGGAGUUGAUUCAGAUCCUCACGCCUGCUCUUUUUUGUCAACCUGAGGUUCGGCUUAGACUUUAUGAAGGUAUCCACUCUAUACCCACUCAAGAAAAUAGUUUGGGGCCUGUGGUAAUGCACAUGUUACUUAAAAACCUCGCCAAGUGCAAGGAUUUAAACGGAGCAAAUGUGCUUGAUCUUGAGAAGUGCUACAAGGAAGGUAUGGAUGAUGAAGUUGAGCUGGUGGAGCCGGUGGGCCACCUCGUUUUCUCCCUCGCCAUGGUCCUCUGCAGCGUUGGCAAUGAGCACUGCGAGUUCAACACUGCGCGAGAGAUGUUUGACUUUAUGCAGAGUUUGACUAACAGGAUGGCCCAGCUCACCACUGCUGACCUUGGUUAUCCUCAGGACAAACUGGUGUUUGAAGAGGGUGCAAAGGGGGAUACUAAGGUGCUGGUGCUCACCCUUGGAAUGAACUUGUGUGAAGCCGUCAUUGCUUACCUGAUUAGGAGCUGGGCUGACUCAAAGGAGCAGCAGGCGAAGAAGGUUGCAUCUGUCUUCAACACCUACAUCUCGAUCAAAGCACACCUCGCGGGAUGCAAGCGACAGACAAAGAAGAAAGAUCCUAAUCAAACUGUUGGAGGGAGUCAAAUGGCAAACCCAAGGAAAAGAAGCAGGCCUGCAGCCAGCUCAUCAAGCAAGGAAAUUGGUGGCAUGGUGUUACCGCCUGUCCUUGACCUGCCCACAAUCUGCUUACUAUUGCAGCUGCUCUACUGUGAUUGUGACUGGGCCAAUGCAACGCAGGCUGCCAUCUUGAAAAACAAAUUGGCUUUCCAAAUUUGGACGCUGAAUUCAUUGGUGCAGGUGAUGCACCACUACAAAGCUUCCAGCAGCAAUGGCCUCAUGGAAAAGUCUUCACCUGAAUUCAACAGCUUUUGCGUGAUCGGAAAUAUUCUCUUUAACUGCCUGAAAAAACUCCCAGAAAUCGCCAAGGAUACCCCUGAUUUUGCCCUACUCCAGGUUGAAGCCCUGUCUGAGCUUGUGAACCUCUUUUUCCAAGACAACCCUCUUAUGCUGGACCCAUUCAUCUCAACAGUUGACAAUGGAAAUGCGGAUGAGUCUGCGGCCAACAUCAUCACCAAAUUGAUUAAGCUGGUGCCUGACAUGAUUGAGUUUCUUUACGAAAACGAUGAAACUGAGGCCAGCUACAGUAAAAUUCCCAGAGUUGUGAUCACCAUCGCAAGUCGUAUUACAAGUCUGUUGAAAGAGACUGGUGUGGAUCUGAUUUUGAAUUGGCUGCAAGAAUUUGCAAAGAAGUCAGUGUGCAGCGAUGAAGCCAUUGUGAAAGCUCUCCUUGAACUGCUGCUAAGCGUGUUUGCGUUGAGGAGGCGCACCACUGGCGCAAUGCGUGUCUUUGCCAAAGACAUCAGCUUCCACCUUGAUGCCAUUGACAAAGAAAGAGCCCUGGCAGAUGUGAAUAGAGCGAGCGUCUCAAUGGUGGACAAAAAGCAUGUGCCAAUGUUUGUGCAAGUUACCUGUGCACACCUCCGUCAUCUGCUUGAAGUGGCUAAUGUGCUGCUGCAGCGACUCUCUGCUGAACGCUGCCUCCAACCCUAUCAGAUCAAUGACCAGUGCGCCAAAAUUAUAAGCUGUGUAAAUGGAAAGGAGAAAGAGCUGUGCCAAUUGCUGGAUUCGGUGAUGAGUGUGGUGAUGAUGCUGCUGAAUGUUGGGUUGGAAAGGGAACAGGGUGAGGCUCUGUUAAAAGACGUGUGUAGCAUUUACCGCACCUGCAGUAGCGUUUGCAAGCACUUCUCUAAAUUCUGCAUCAAAGGAGAUAGGCCUUACAGGCAGGCAGAAUUUGCGUCAGUGGUUGAGCUGGCAGGAAAGACUUUGCCACCUUUAAUAAGGGACUUCAUCACGCACUUGGAGACUGAGAUGAAGAAAAAGUAUAAAGCACUGGAAGGAAAGAAGAAAUUCAAUGCGAAGGCUGCUCAGAAAAUGGUGCUAAGGGAGUCAGAUUCAUUUGCCAAAACCAUGCUUGAAUACGAGAAGUUCAGCAAGUGCGUUUUUCAACUUGCUGCCAAAGCCAAGGACCCUGGUUUGAAGAACCAGCUCAAUUUGGGACCAAGUCAUGAUUUUCGAAUCAAUUACAAGGAGGUAGUGGAGAAAAUGACUCGAGGCAAUGAGCAAACUGAAAACGGCAGCGAAUCUGGUGAUGGUGAAGCAACUGAAGAGGAUGAAGAAUCAUGAAAGUCUUUAAAGAAGGUAUGCCGCAAAACAUGAUGAUAAGUUCAAAUUUGGCAAAUAUCUGUUGUCUCCCAAAACAGUACGAUACAUACGUUUUUAAAUGAUUAUAAUUACACUCAAUAAAAUACACAUUUAAUUUUUCAUCAAA